CGGCCGUUCAAGUGAAAGUGCAUCGUCAUGGCUUGGAUACAGUUUUGUCUCAUUGCAUUUCUACUUCCAUGGAUAUUACAAACAUUAGACUCUGAUUCAGACAUGGGGGCAUGCCAACAAAAAGACAUGUUUUUCUGUAUCGAUUCCCGGCAGUGCAUCGGCAAUGAUUCAGUAUGUGAUGGAUUUACAAACUGUCGUGACGGUGAAGAUGAGUCUCCACCGGCAUGUACGAAAGAUGUAUGCAGUCAACGAGACAGAUUUUUCUGUCAGGAUUCCAAGCAGUGCAUCGACAAGUAUUUCGUAUGUAACAGUGAUACAGAAUGUCCAGAAGGUGAAGAUGAGGCUCCUCCUGCAUGCAACAUGGAUGUAUGCCACCAAAGGGACUGGUUAUUCUGUAACGCUUCACAGAAAUGCAUCAACAAGAAUUUCCUAUGUGACGGAAUAAAAGACUGUAUUUAUGGUGAGGAUGAGACUCCUCCCGCAUGUAACAUGGGUGUUUGCCGUCAAAAGGAUAUGAUUUUCUGCAACGUGUCUAUGCAGUGCAUUGGCAGGAAUCUCGUAUGUGACGGAGUUAAAGAUUGCGGUUACGGUGAAGAUGAAACUCUUACUGCCUGCGCUCUUAAACAGCAGUGUGAAUCAAACUGGUCCCUAAGCGAAGGCUGCAUUGUUCGAUGUAAACCUGGAUAUUUUGGCAAGUUUUGCCAAAGUUGUGUAGACAAAUGUUUGAAUGGGAUAUGUGAUAAACAAACUGGAAUUUGUCUGAACUGUACACCUGGUUAUUUUGGCGAGUAUUGCGAGCAAAAUUGUUCAAAAGAAUGUGUGAAUGGGAUAUGCAAUAGCAAAAGUGGAAUUUGUAAGGACUGUACACCUGGUUAUUUUGGCGAGUAUUGCGAGCAAAAUUGUUCAAAAGAAUGUGUGAAUGGGAUAUGCAAUAGCAAAAGCGGAAUUUGUAAGAACUGUAUACCUGGUUAUUUUGGCAAGUAUUGUGAGGAAACAUGUUCAAAUGAAUGUCUUAAUGGAUUAUGUAAUAGCUCAAGCGGAAUUUGUAAGCACUGUAUACGAACGUAUUAUGAAAACUGUUCGCUAGAAUGUGGUCAAGAAUGUCGCGAAAGAGAGGGUUUCCCGCAAUGUGACAGACAAAGUGGCAAUUGCUUGCAUGGCUGUAAUUUUUAUUACUUCGGACAUAAAUGCAACAAAAUAUGUAAAAACUGCAAAGGAAAUUCCUCAAAUGAUCCAUGCGGUAUAAACGGUGUAUGCUAUUUUGGAUGUAAGAACGAUUAUUGGGACAAGAAUUGCACCACUAAAUGCAAUGCAAACUGCCAAGGUGAUGAACAAGGAAACAGGUGUAAUUCGUCUACUGGGGAAUGUUUAUACGGCUGUACUCGUGGAUGGAGUGGUAGAUCAUGUGAAGAUGUGAGCAGUGUGCAAUCUACGACCUCUGAAUCGACCGAAAAAGAGAACGUCAACUCCUUAAAGACAACUUUAAUAGUCAUAUCAGCUAGCUUCAUUGUGGUUCUCGUUGUUGCCGGUAUUAUCUGCUACUUUUGGGGUCAAAAAAGGUUGAAGCGUCAGCUGAAUGAACGCAAGGAGCUCCGCCGAAACAUUCAAGACGACGUUCAACCAGGACAAGAACCAUCUGGUUCUCCAACUCGAGAAAGUUCUAGCCUGUAUGCUGACAUCAACGAAGAAUCCAUGGAACUUUAUCAUUACAUCUGUGAGCAAAAUGUACCAGAUCACUAUGAAGAAAUCAGCGUCACAAAAUAUGACGGUAAUACCGAGAUCGUGCAUUUAGAAGAAUUUACGGUAACUAGUAAUUCCCGACGGAGCAUCACACAAUCUGAAGGCAAAAAUGAACUUGACAGUACUGACGAAACAAAAUCCCGGCAGAGUGUCACACAAUCGGAGGGUGGUCUUGAUCAAGUAGAAAAUACGAACGGAAUUGAUGGCCGACGUAGAUUCGUAAACUCCAGUAGAAGCAAUGAAUCUGUGUGCACGAACGAAAAUUUUGACCUUGACACUUGGAGUCAAACAACCAAGGCCGAAAAUAGACGAAUGCUAGCUGCUAAAUAUUGCGAAGAGGAGGAAGACAUAUUUGGUGAUUUAGGACAAUUUCAGGUGGAUUAUAUUCAUGCUAUUGAGAGGGAAGAAUCUGAACUGCCUUAUGAUGAAGUAGAACAUCAAGAUAUAAAACAGAAUAAAGAGUAUUCCCUUUUAAUAAGUCAUACAGCACAAGUCGACGAAAACUUUUGUUUAGAUGAUCGAAAUAGUAGUACUUCCGAACAGCCUGCUCAAUCGCAUCCUGAAGCAAAUAUGGACGAUGAAAUAAACAUUAAAAGUCCAUUGCAAAUGACAAAGUGAUGACAUAAAACAAACCUAUUCACUCUCAUAAAGAUGAUGAAAGAAUCAAUCUGUUUUUUUAAUGUUCUUACUAUGUCCCAGAAAGAUAGAUAUAUGUUAAUAUAUAUAUGGUUGUUGAAGAGGUUUAUGUAAGAUUGUACCCUGUAUAAUAUCUAGGGUUAAAAUUACGCUUUCAUGUCAACGUCGCUUGAUAUUCAAGACAAACAAUACAAUUUGUAUGGAUACAUUUAUACUCAAAUGUAGCAGAAUGUUAGAAAAUUUUGGAAAGAUGUAUCGUACAUAAUAUUUGAACACUUCAGAUUAAGGUCAAACUAAAACUGAGUUAAAAACCAUAUGUUAUUUUGAAAUGGCUAUCAGUCUAACAAGACUUUCUCCUAGGCUUUUUUUCUACAGCAGAUGUUAGACAUUUUGUUGAUGAAUGAGAGAGCAGUCGGACCGAAUAGUUUUAAGAAUUGUUAGAUAGAAAUAUAUAAUCGAAUUGCUUAACCAACAAAGGCUGUAUCGUUAGUUAAGUGCUCAUGUGCAUAUAUUUGUUUUCAUA